AUGAAGCUUAAUGAAAAAAACCUGGUAUAUUAUGCUACCUGCAAAUCUCCCGUGGACAAAAGUGGAUUCUUGUCCAAGCGAGGUGAGCGCCAUUCGGCCUAUCAUAAACGGUGGUUUGUGCUGAAGGGCAACAUGCUAUUUUAUUAUGACAAUGAAGAAAGCAAAGAGCCGGUCGGUGUUAUUAUACUGGAAGGAUGCAGAGUUGAGCUGUGUGAAUCGACUGAAGAAUAUGCUUUUGCGAUCAAGUUUGAAUGUACUAAAUCACGGGCCUACAUUCUAGCUGCUGACUGCCAGAGUUCUAUGGAAUCCUGGGUAAAAGCACUCACUAAGGCAAACUUUGAAUAUAUUAGACUUGUUGUUAAAGAGCUCCAGAAACAACUUGCAGAGGUACAGAAGAACCCUAACUUGUGUUCUAAAGCCAGGGUUUUAACAGAUCUAAAUUUAAUAAAUACCAGUUCACAUAGUGAAUCCCAUAUAAUACCUCCAAAUCUUCAAGACUGUUCACUUCAAAAGGACAAUGGCUGUGCCACGUGGGACAACAAACAAAAUAACUUGUGUAAUGGAAUUCAAUAUGGUAAUAGACCAAAAUGUCAAAACACCAGAGAAAUUCCAGAUGUUGUGCUAGGUGCCUCUGAUGCACAUCAGUUGUCUUCAAGCAAUCCUCUGGAGGCUGGCAGUGGUCCAGACCAGGCACAUGUACCCGCUGAGGAUGAAGGCAUUAGCUUUUCACAGCUCCACCAUCUAUUUGGAGAAGAGAUUGUGGACAUUAGAAUCAAGUGGACUCAAACCAUCCCAAUAGCAAAUGAAGCCUGUGGAGUCUCUGAAUAA